AUGCUUUCUUUGCUGUGCGGUGGGGUAGCAUUCCUCCUCCUUUCUCUUCCCUCCACCGCCUACAAGUUUGCCCUCUGUCCCAAGUCCGUUGACAAUCCCUUUUUUGAUGCAUCUCGAGAUGGCUGCUUCGAUCGAGCUCGAACGCUGGGAGUGGAAUGCCUCUAUGUUGGCCCCAACGUGUUUGAGAAGACCGGAUCGCUGCAGGCCAGCAUGGUGCAAGAGUUGAUGGACAGCAUGGAUGACCUCGAUGGGCUGUCCAUCUCGAUACGAGGAGCCGAGUUUAUGAGGCCAGUGAUUGCGGAGGCCGUGGCAAGAGGUAUCCCAGUGGUGACCUUUGACGCAGACGAUCCAGGUUCAGAGAGGGCUUCCUAUAUUGGAACCGACAACUAUUUCUUUGGAGAACAGCUGGCCAAGACGCUCGUCCAGAUCCGGCCAGAGCCAGGGACCUUUGGCAUAAUCACGGACACGCCCACCAACAUUGUGGAUAGAGAACGAGGAGUCCGAGAUGUGUUGCUAAGGGAAGGUUGGACGGAAGUCCAGGAAUCUCCCCAAUACGAAGAAGGUUCGGGUGAAUUGGCAAUUGACCAGAUGCGCUACUUGUCGACAAUUUAUCCAGAUAUCACCGCCAUCAUCCCGGUCAUGGGAGCUCCCAUGUUUCUGGAAGACAAGUGGAAGGAACUGGUGCAGGAGUUUCGGAAUGUAACCUUUGUAGUUGCGGAUGGACUGCCGGUACAGCUCAACCUACUCUCGCAGAACUAUGCUCAUGGGUUGGUAGCUCAACUUCCUUACGAGAUGGGCGCCAGAUCAGUGGACUCUUUGUUGGCCCUGAAAAAGGCCAUGGAAGAGAGAGAAACGACAACCAUGCCGUAUGACGUGUUGGAAGACUUUCAAGGCACCAACUGCCUCAGUCAUUUGCAGAUCCCGUUGGUCUUACCGGAGCUCAAGGUGGACCAGAAUCAUCUGGGCAAUCUAUCCAUCAUUGGGUUCACUCUCUUUGCUGUCAUAUUCGUGACGGCAGUGGGAUUCGCUGUGUGGGCUUGGUCCAAUCGGACACUUGCGGUUGUGCGCAUUUCUCAGCCUGGCUUUCUUGUAAUGGUGGCAUUGGGAGCGCUGGUAAUGGGAGCAACCAUGCUACCCCUCAGCUUUGACGACUCCCGCGCCCAACACAACGAACUGCGGGGCACGGUCAUGUGCAUGAGUGUUCCAUGGCUGGCGUUCCUUGGAUUCACAAUCACCUUUAGUGCCCUCCUUGCCAAGACCUGGCGAAUCAAUCAACUCUUCAUGAACAGUGGCCAGUUUCAACGCGUUCAAGUCACUGCCGGCCAAGUGGCGCGUCCCUUUCUUCUUCUCUUUGCCGCCAAUACCAUUGUCCUUACCGUGUGGACCAUUCUGGAUCCAUUGCGUUACGUGCGACUGGACAUGGAAGGGACGGACGCUUGGAAUAGAGUCUUGGCAACGUACGGCUCUUGUCAGUCGAACAACGCAGUUCCGUAUAUGUCAGUGCUGGGGGCGCUCAAUCUACUGGUGCUGGCCAAAGCCAACUGGCAGGCAUACAGAGCGAGAAACAUCAAGAGCGAAUUCUCGGAAGCCCAUUACAUCGGUGUUACCAUGGCCAGCAUGUUGCAAGCAACACUCAUCGGUGUACCACUCCUGUUUCUGGUUCGGGACAUGCCACAGGCAUUCUACUUGACUCUGGUCUUUAUGAUAUUCACUGUCACCAUGGUCAUACUUUUGCUCAUCUUUGUCCCAAAGGUUGCAUUUACAAAGCGCUUCAAAAUCAGAUCUCGCAAGUCUCAAAAGAGAAUCAUUGCAGAAUCCAUCGCAGAUUCAAGUCGUUACCUGCCGGGAUCAUCUGGUAACCUUGGUCCUGGUCGUCGUGUAUCCAAUGUCUCCUUCCCUGACGGGGUCCGUAACCGCGGAAAGCCGCAGUUGGAAAACACGUCGGUCCAAGACUUUAUAGAGGCUGCCCGCAAUGGCCACGUGUCCGAUGUCGAAAGUGGAGGGUACGCGAGCGGGGGCCGUGCACAAGGUAGCGGCUCUGAGGAUAGCUUGAUAGGCCUUGGUAGCAGCAAAGGUGACGAUGAAGAAAUUGAUUCGGCGGCCAGGUGGAGGGCUUCCAUGGAACUGGCGAAAGGAAUUGGAUUGGCAGGCUUAACUGCAUCCGGUGUGGCUUUGGAUACAACUUGUACUACUUCUGUGACCACUCAGCCAGUGCACCCAGAGGCAUCAGAUGAGGACAGUGCAACUGGAUCAACGCGUGAAGAAUUCAGAUCAGAACCAUUAUCAGUGCCGUCAUCGCCAUCGUCCCCGAAGGAACCGAUAUCUUGA